CGGCGGCGGGAGCGGGAGCGGGAGCGGGAGGAGGAGGAGGAAGAAAAAGAAGAAGAAUAAGCAGCGAACAACAAACAGGAGAAGAGAGUCCCCGGGUGGUCGAGCGGGCUCAUCCACUCUUUUCUUUCUCUUCCCUCCCCCUUUUCCCCCCCCCCCCCUUCCCCAUCCCCAUCCCCAUCCCUACCCUACCCCCGGCCCGUCCAGGUCCGCCAUGGCCAAAGUGCAGGUGCUGAAUGUGGUGGUCCUGGACAACCCGUCACCGUUCAACAACCCCUUCCAGUUCGAGAUCACCUUCGAGUGCAUCGAGGACCUGCCGGACGAUCUAGAGUGGAAGAUCAUUUACGUGGGCUCCGCAGAAAGCGAGGAGCACGACCAGGUGCUGGACUCGGUGCUGGUGGGACCCGUCCCCGCCGGCCGGCACAUGUUCGUCUUUCAGGCUGAUGCCCCAAAUGCAAGUCUCAUCCCAGAUGCAGAUGCAGUUGGUGUGACAGUGGUGCUGAUCACUUGCACAUACAGAGAUCAGGAGUUCAUUCGAGUAGGGUAUUAUGUGAAUAAUGAAUACACAGACCCUGAAUUAAAGGAGAACCCACCAAUGAAACCCGACUAUGCCAAGCUCCAACGAAAUAUUUUGGCCUCUAAUCCAAGGGUUACCAGGUUCCACAUCAACUGGGAAGGUACCAGUGAAAAAAUGGAAGAUAUUGAAAACGUUGAUCCAUGUUCGAAUGCAAUGCUUCCUCCCACCUGUACACCCCUGAAGGGACUUGGAGCAGGAGGUGCCCUGAGCGUAGUUCCAGAGAACUCUAUGGACUGCAUGUGAAGCCUACUGGUGAAGAGGAUUCAAGUGGAUAAAAUAUGUUCUUUUGUAUCAGGGUUUGCUAGCUUUUGGAGUUGUUAAUUCAAUGGAGUAUUUAAGUCAAACUUCAGUACCCCAGAAGAUGGCAUUAAAUCUGCAGGGGUAGGGGAGUGGCAAGGAUAGGAGGCCAAGAUGUUGCCAUUCAUGGCACUGGGCCACAGCAGUUGCAGUGUAUGUGACUGCCAGACACAUUGAUCUACAUUCAGCUGGGUUGCUUUUGCCCAAAUGGGAGCAAUAAUGCUUUUUACUGGUAAACAUUCUGGAAUUGCAAAGCCAGUUGGUGCCUAUUGUAAAUUAGUCAGAAGUGAGUGUUGAACUACAGAAUGUAUUUGUAGUUGUUUUUUUUCUAUGUAGUAAGUCCAAGAACAUUUUGGGGGGAGGGUGGGUGAAUUGGGGAGGGGUAUGAACAAACCCUGUUUGUCUUGAAUUUUUUUUUUGUUCAAGGCCUCUUCAAAAUAACCCCUAAGAACUGGUCACUUCCAGAACUUCAAUUGGCAGUUAUGGCCAAUAGUAAGCCCACUAACGUUGUGGCCUCAGCAACAACUUUUGGUUCCCCUGGAAGUUAAAGCUGUAAAUUCACCAGUUUAACAUGCCGUAUAUCCAGCAAUGCUACCGUAUAAUCCAAACCGGAAGUUUAAUCCUUCAUGAACCUCAGCUGCCCGGCAUAAUUGUCUUCAGAAGUUUAAUAAAAAAAUUUUGUAACUUUUAAUAUUAGUACUUUGUAAAUCGUGAUCCAAACUUACCUGCACUCAUAUGUGGGAGAGGUUGAUUAAAAGAUUGAAAUCUCAAAAUAUAAGCUUUAUAAAGCAGCAUUGUGAUUUUGAAAACUGCAGCAAUUUUUAUAAAUGUUAGCAAUGUAGAGUUGUACUGUCUUGCUUUGUCUGAAUAAAAGCACUUGUAAAUGCA